AUGCAGUCAGUGAGGAGAUUUAAAAGACGAGAUGACAAAAUCAAUGAAUGUUUUCAACAAUUUGACUUUGUACUUAAUGUUUUACACCAAAUGAUUUGGCUGUGCAUUCUGAGCAUCACACUCUGCAGAUCUGAGACGCAGAACCCAGCACCUGGAUGUCAUUUUUCUCCUGCCAAUGAAUAUGGAUUUGAAUAUAAAUAUUCCCAGGAAGGAGAUGUCAUAAUAGGUGGAAUAUUCACGGUUAAUAACCAUUUACAAUUACUUAAAGGAUUCUUCUGUAUGGGUGCACAUCGUGCAGAAUACAGACAUGUACGAGCUUUUAUCUUUGCAAUUAAUCAGAUUAACAGGAACCCAGACAUUCUGCCCAAUAUUACUCUGGGUUAUCAUUUAUAUGAUUCUUGUGGAAGUGAGUUUAAAGCUGUGGAAGAUGUUUUCCGGAUAUUGUCUGGACAUAAAAAGUCAGUUCCUAAUUACAGGUGUAUGGAACAUGGUAAAGUUGCUGGUUUUAUUGGAGAUCUCAAUUCUCACACCACCAUUACAAUGGCACAGUUGCUUAAUGUUUAUGGGUAUACACAGGGACAGUUGAGAGGAGAGGAUUCUCAAGCAGCCUUAGAGGUAAUUCCUGAUUGUGAAGAUAUAGAAAGGAGACUAAACUAUAAUCUAUUAAAAUGUUUUCUUCUAUCUGCUCUGGUCACUGAUCUGAACGACUAUAGGCCAAUUGCUAUCACAUCAUUGAUUAUGAAAUGUUUUGAAAGAAUUGUUUUGAGUCAUCUAAAAGGUGGAAUUCCAUUGGGAUUUGAUCCUAAUCAGUUGACCUACAGGUUGAACAGAUCAACUGAAGACACAGUUCUUAUGGUCCUUCAUAGGGAGCUCUGUCGUCUUGAAAAUAGAGACACUUAUGUUAGACUGUUAUUUGUGGAUUACAGCUCUGUUUUCAACAUGAUCAGCUAUGGAGCAAGCGACCCAGUGCUGAGUGACCAAAGGAUUUACCCACAUUUUUUCCGAACCAUCCAGGAUGACCAGAUGCAAUGUUUGGCAACUGUAAAGUUAUUGAAACAUUUUGGAUGGAACUGGGUAGGGAUUAUUUCAUCAAUUGAUAACAGUGGAGAGCAGGAGCUCCAACAACUGAGCAAACAGUUAGCUAAUCAAGGAAUAUGUAUUGAAUUCAAAAUUAUAUUUUUUGAUGAUAUAAACUAUUCAUUAAAUGAGAAAAUUAUUAAACAUUCUACUACUGAGAUUAUACUCAUAUGUGGCAAAUAUAGCUUUCCCUUUGUCAUUUUUAUCCGUAGUCUAGUAAAAUCUGCUAUCAGCAAGACAUUUAUUUUUCCUACCUCAUGGUCAUAUGUACCAGAGAUUGCUCUGCCCUAUCAGUCAGGAAUACCUGUUAUCUGCAGUCUUGUGUUUACACUUCCUACAUGUAACAUCCCUGGAUCGUUGGAAUUUCUAGAUAAUAUUAAUCCUCCAAAUAACUCACUUGACCCAUUAUUGGAGGAUAUCUGGAUAACUGAAUUUCUGUGCAUGUCUAAAAAUAAAUUAAAAAAUGUUCUUCUUCCUUUGAUAACUGAAACGCCUAUUCGAAACUGUACAUGGGAGAUAGAUCUUAAAGGUUAUGUCAAUUUUAGUAGAGAUCCCUUUCCCUACCGAGUGCAUAUUGCUGUAUUUACUAUAGCUCAAGCUUUGCAUGACAUGUAUUUACUUUUAAACCAUAAUGGAACAAGGAAUGAAUUUAAAAUGAAUGAAUACAAACUUCACACAUACAUAGAAAAUCUUCAUUAUAAAAACGAAAUUGGUGAAGAAAUAUUUUAUAAUGAAAAAGGAGAAAUGCCUUCUCCAUUGGACCUUAUAAAUUGGGUAUGUUUUAAUGCAGGAAAUCACACUGGAUGUAACAGAAAAUAUGUGGGAACUUUUGAUGGUUCAGUUACAGAUGAUAAGCAGCUCCACAUUGAACAACGGCAUAUACAUUGGCUAAAUGGAAUGAUGCCAAGAGGUCAAUGUUCUGAAAAGUGUCAUGAUGGUUUCAGAAAAGCUCCAGGUGAUGGCUACCAUGCAUGCUGCUAUAACUGUGUGCCAUGUUCAGAAGGAGAAAUAUCCAAUAAAUCUGACAAUGAAAAUUGCAUAAAGUGCAGAAACACUGAAUGGCCAAACAAUGCAAGAAACCAGUGUAUUGCCAAAGCACAAGAGUUUCUCUCUUAUGGAACAGACACUAUAACUUCAGUGUUUACUGUCAUCACUGCCUUAUUUACUGUUAUAAUUGUCCUCAUAAUUGGAAUAUUUAUUUCCUUCUGGAACAGCCAAAUUGUCAGAGCUAAUAACCAGAACCUCAGCUUUAUUCUCCUCAUCUCUCUAAAGUUGAGUUUACUCUGUGUAUUUCUCUUCAUCGGUCACCCAGUGGAUAUAACCUGCAUGCUGCGGCAGAUCUGCUUUGGAAUCAUAUUUACUAUCGCUGUGUCCUCAGUCCUGGCCAAGACUAUAAUGGUUUGCAUCGCUUUUAAGGCCACAAGUCCUGGAAGUUCUUGGAAAAAAUGGAUGGGAGUAAAGCUAUCAAAUUCCUUAGUGGUGAUCUGCUCAUCUGUCCAGGUCCUGAAUGGUGUCAUCUGGUUGUCAGUUUCUCCUCCAUUUCAAGAGUUUGACAUGGACACAUAUCCCGGGACUAUCAUUAUCCAAUGUAAUGAGGGUUCUGUGCUGGCAUUUUAUUUCAUGUUGGGUUACAUGGGAUUCCUGGCAGCUGUGAGCUUUGUUCUGGCUUUCAUGGUGAGGACAUUACCUGACAUCUACAAUGAGGCCAAAUACGUUACAUUCAGCAUGCUGGUGUUCUGCAGUGUGUGGGUCUGUGCCAUCCCGGCCUAUCUGAGCAGUAAGGGGAAAAAUAUGGUCAUUGUAGAAGUGUUUGCUAUAUUAGCUUCAUGUAUUGGGUUAUUAGGCUGUAUAUUUUUCCCUAAAUGCUACUAUAUACUGACGAGAACUGAAAUAAACAAAAAAGAUCUUUUCGUCCGAAAAACACCCAGUUCCUCAUAACAUGAUUUCAUUUCCCGUAAUAUUCUCCUUAUCUCUACUUCAUAAUAUUAUAUAAAUACCUUUGCACGUAACCAGCUGUACACAUCUCGAGUUACAUUCAUUCCUGUGCCAUAUUAGAUUUAUGCCAAGUGUAGAAAUAGCAUAUAUAUGUCCAGAUGUAGAUCUGAAAAUAUGUAUACAUCUCUGCAUUCUAAGCAUAUAUAUUAUACAGAUGUGCCCUGGCCUUAGCCACGCAGCUCAUCUCGGUGCACUAAGUAUCGGGCGACUUGGCCAUGCUGAGCAUCUUUCUGGCUGAAAAUGUGGGUCUUAUUCGUAUAAAUAAAAGAACUUAAAGUGAAAAAAAAAUACUUUUCUACAUUAUUCUGUCAAUGUAAUG